AUGGGCUGCAAAACCGGCUUUACAGAUGAUAACGGAAAGCCGGUGAUGAAUCCGGGAUUUAACAACUUUGAGCAGAAAAUAUCGACCAGGACAAACAUGCUUUCACCGGUGAUCGACAUCCUGUCACGAUCAAAUCAGCUGAAGGCUGCUUCAGACGCUAAUGUUCCGCAGCAAGUCUCGCCUAACGCCAUGCCCCCUGUUGCUACGGGGCCCGUUCGCAUGCUGCCCCCAACAUGUGAGUACAACAACGGAGACUACCACGUUCGUUGGCAUUACGAUGAAAAGGCAGAUGCGAUUGUUUUCAACUUAACCGCACGUUUACCACAGAACAGGUUUACUGGAAUCACAUUCGGAAAGGGUCCGGACAUGCGCGACGCAAUAGUCGUUCAGAACAUGGACCAUCAGCUGGUGGUGGCUGACAUGCACGUGACUGACCGUGGCCAAUACGUAACCGAUACAAAACAGGACAUCACGGCUAUUCACUCUAAUUUUCAUGACGACAUGGUUCAGGUGUCGUUUUUGAGACCGGUCAGCGCGUUUGACACUGAGGAUCGGCCGUUGGAGGACAUUGCCCUCAACAAGGGUUGUCAGUUUUUUAACUUCAUUGUUGACCCAGGUGAAAUUCUGUUGACCGCCAAUAUAAUGAUAUUGCGGGGACCCUUGACUCAACCAAUUGAGCAGCUCGUUUGUCAUGUGUCGAAAUGUGAUCCCUUGUUGACGGUGCAAACGCAGACCGCAACGACAACAAUGGCUACGGUGUCACCGACGAUCGAUCAUCUGCAGAGGAAAACUCCACACGGCACAACUUCUGAUGCUGUUCAUGCUUCAAAGCAGCCAGCUCCAUUUUGCAAAACGGACAAAGAUAAUGCAGCUUGCAACGAGUACAUUAACACGUAUAUGGCUGAGGUGUAUCGAAAAUAUCCACGAAUUGACAAGGUGACUCGAAAGGUAAGUAGUCAUUUAUAACU